AGAGGUAAGCUGAGCAUCAGUAUCAUAUAAAAAGCGGACAGAAGUUCCAGUUCGAUAUCAGUAAGCCUUCUCAAGUCUUUCAACAAUCAACAUGAAGUUCUUCAUUGCUUUCGCCUGUCUGUUGGCCGUCGCCGUCGCCAACGAAGAUGCCAAUAUUCUCCGUGCCGAGCAGGAAGUGAAUGUGGACAACUUUAAGUACGCUCUUGAGCUGGACAACUCUGUCAAUGUGCAGCAGAAGGGUGACCUUAACGGCGAAGAGUGGGUGGUGUCGGGAACCCAGUCGUGGACAUCUCCCGAAGGUGUGCCAGUAAGCAUCCAAUAUGUCGCCGAUGCCAACGGUUACAAUGUGGUGUCUGCCAACCCUCCUCUGCCCACCCCACCCCCAAUUCCAGAGGCCAUCCAGCGUUCUCUGGAGUACAUCCGCGCCCACCCCCCCAAGGAAUAAAUAAUGUUAAAUAAAUGUGUUGAACUUUA